AUGACUUUCUCAACAUCAUCAACAACAAUGGAUGGUACUUCAACAUCAAUGUCGGAAACGACGACGACUGCACAUCGUCCACAGCCACCUCUGCCACAUAUCACUCAGAUGAGUGAAGAUGAUAUCAAUACAAUGUCUACUCAGCAAUUGAAACAUCUUAUAAUCGACUCUGGAGGCAGCACUGCUUCAUGUUUCGAACGACCAGACUUCCUUGAGCGAGCACAGACUAUGAGAAAGACAAUGCCUACACCUCAUAAUAAUCAAGCAUUGACCAAGCCGGUCGUGGCAAGGAGCGAAGAAAAGGUCGACUACUAUGAGGUGUUAAAGGUGAGCAAGACUGCUACACAGGCAGAGAUUAGGAAGGCUUAUUAUAAACUGGCGACAGAGUAUCAUCCGGACAAGAACAGGAACGAUGCAUAUGCAGAGGAGAUGUUCAAGAAGAUUAGUGAGGCGUACCAGGUGCUGUCAGACCCCGACAAGAGGAAACAGUACGAUCAGUUUGGUUUCGACGCGUUCAAUGAGAACAUGAUUGAUCCAGUCCAGUUGUUCCGAAUGGUCUUUGGCGGUGGCCAAUUCCAGAACUUCUUUGGCGAUCUAACAUUCUACGAUUUGUUUGCACAGGCGACUACGGCUGGAGAGGCCCCUCAGCCCAAUCCUGAAGAGAUGGAGAAGAAGCACAAGGAACGCAUUGACCAGUUGACCAAACAACUAAUCAUAAUGGUCGAGCCCUACGUCAAUGGCAAUCAAUCAAGCUUUGAGAAAAUUAUGACGGAACAAGCAACAGAGAUGGCACAGGCUCCAGGUGGUCCAGAUUUGUUAGCACUUCUAGGCUAUGUAUAUAUUCAGGAAGCCAAACAACAGUCGUUCUUUGGUUUCUUCCACGAGAUCCAGGAGAAGGGACAUCAGGUCGGCGAGGUUUACUCGCUGGUAAAGUCAGCGGUGAAGCUGCAAGGACAGGUCAACCAGAUGAAUCCAGAGCUGGAGACAGCGGCGCCCGAGUCCACCGAAGGUUUGCUAAAGGAGGGCCUGAAGCUUAUAUGGAAGUUGGGUCGAUUGGACAUUGACAAGGCCGUCAGAGAGGUAUGCGAGAAUGUCAUGAGCAAGAAGAAGAGCUCUGACGUUAGCAAACAUGAUCGCAAGAGGAGGAUCGAGGCCAUCAAAUUACUUGGACACAUCUUUGAGAAGAAAUCAAAUGAACACAAGGGCAAGGGACGAAAUGGACUUGAAGACCUGCUCACAAUGACGCAGCAGCAGCAACAGCAACAGCAGCAACAACAACCUUAG